CGUAUUUUUUUAAAUAACACCUUUAAUUCAUUUUCGGGAAAACAUCUGUACAUAAGUGUAAUAUUGUAAAAUAAUUUAGCUUUAAAUUAAAAUUGGAAGCCUUUGUAAUCUAAAAUGCCUGUUUUCCUGUAAACUGGAAGUUAACAGUUUACAAUAAAGCUGUUAACUUUUCUGUAAGUAAACGUGUAAGUUAACGGUUCUGUAAAUUCACUUUGGCAGUGAAGGAGACACUAACGGUUGGAGCUCUUAACGGAAGUUGAUAUUCGAGUGGAAGCGCCAGUCCUCCGGAGAUGUCGGAAAGUCGGUCUGACACGCUCUCAUUUGACAAUCAAGAAAUGGCGAGAGUUCUUGUAACAACAUUCAAAAAUGAAAAAGAGACUUCGAAAAACAUUUUCAGUGUUUCAACUGCCAGCAAUCUUGUUGAGGAGAUUCUUGCCAACCAUUCUGGAUUUUUGCUGGACAGGCUACAGAAAUUUAAUUCUGACUUCUUGGAGUACAUUGAUGUUGACAUUAAUGUUGAAAUUAAGGACUUGGACAGAUUCUACGUGUUUCUAUCAACUGGAGGGCCCCUGGUAGAAGUGUCUCGUGAGGAGCAAAUUCCAAACCAGCCCCAUGCUAAUUCAGGAGAAGACGGUCAGACCCAUACAGGAGAAGACAGUGAGCCUCUAAAAUCGCUCCUAAUGAAAAAAGCACCACAAAUCUUUGAGGAGUAUGAAAACACAGGCUUCCUGUCAGGGAAGUCAAGAAAAUGUAUAGUGAAAAUGUGCGUGGGAGACCUAGUUCAGAGUUAUCCUCUUAGUGGAGACAAGUUAGCCUUAGCGAAGAGCAUCAUUACCAUCUUCCCAUCUCUGAGUAUCCAGGUGGCUGGAGAAGGGGAGGGAUUUGAGCAUUUCUAUGAUCCAGCAUCCCACAGUGGAUUCAUUGAGAUAAAAUUGCGUAACCUUCGGCGGAAUCUACAACAACAUGAAAGACGCUACAGAAAGCGAAAAGUAACCAGUUACCCGGAGGAUGCACAAACAUCCAGUGCAACCGAGACCGAAAAUGAUAAUACCAUGAAUGAAUGGGUAACCUUGAUCAAGAGAUUGCGGCCCUCUUCGGAAAACCUUUCAGUAAUAAAGUCUGGGAUGGAAAAAACAUUCACACAGCGCAGAGCAUGGAUUACAAGGGAAUCGCCCACACUUGCAGAAAUAUUGCGUGAAUAUCCACGAUUUAUGGACAUGCCGAGUCUGCUGGACUCAGAGUUUGGAAGGUUGACAGGUGAAAAGACAGACCUUUUCCUUCGUAGAUGGGAGACCAACAUCAUGCCAAAACUUAGAGUUGUGGCUGCCAUGGAACCUGGACUCAGCACUCUUUUGAGAGGAUUUGAAAACAUGACUGAAGAGGAGGCUUGUUACAGAACACUCGUGGUACUAACACACCUUCUGCCCCCUGUUAGUGGAAGACAAUGUAGCGUCAAGGAAACAAUAACACACCUUCUAGAUUUUGUGCCGACUGGAACAAGAAUAGCAUCCCUCUGCAAUGAUUCUGCUACUUCAUCAACAAACCAUCAGCCCCAGCUCAUCUGCAUCGGUAAUCUGCGGUCGUCAAAGCAGUAUGUCAUCGUUGCAAAAAAUGACAAAGUCACCAUCCCCCUGGACGAUGGACUCACAUGUGCUGUGGACAAGCUUUUUAAGCUGUACUGGGUGUUUAACUUGUGUUAUCCAUCCCAACUUUACAUUUUUUGA